CUGUAAAACUAAAAAAAAAAAAAAAAAAAAAUGUUAGCUUCAUCUACCUUAAGCAUCUCGAACCUACGAGUCAAACCCACCUCGUCCAACCAAGUCGCUCCCGAACCUGACCCUGAGCCACAGGCUCGGAAGCUCAAAGGCAGCGGUCAGCUGAACCGGUGGUCCAGAGCUCGAGCCGUACGUUCGGGCCGCAAGCUGGACCGACCGGCCCACCGGGCCCAGGUAGUGGAACCGAAGCCUCGGGUUCAACCAAGAGAGACCACGUCCCUAGAGCCUACUUCUACAACGGGAGGUGACGGCGACGAUAACGUGGACGUGGCGGGGGCCAAGUCGAUAUACAUGGUCUCUGACGGAACUGGAUGGACGGUGGAGCAUUCCGUCAGCGCGGCGUUGGGGCAAUUCGACCACUGCUUGGUGGAUCGUGGGUGCCCUGUAAAUACCCACUUGUUUUCUGGAAUUGAUGAUGUAGAGCGGUUAAUGGAGAUUGUUAGGCAAGCAGCCAAAGAUGGUGCUAUGCUUGUGUACACUUUAGCUGACCCAUCAAUGGCUGAUUCUGCCAGGCAAGCCAGCAAGCUGUGGGGUAUACCCUCAACAGACGUACUCGGCCCAAUCACAGAGGCAAUUGCUUCGCAUCUAGGGGUCGUACCAUCUGGCCUCCCCCGCGGGGCUCCUGGCAGGAGUUUUCCCCUUACUGACGAAUACUUCCGUCGGAUUGAGGCAAUUGAAUUUACCAUCAAGCAAGAUGAUGGAGCACUACCCCAAAAUCUUCAGAAAGCUGAUAUUGUUCUUACUGGUGUCUCUCGUACUGGGAAGACGCCAUUAUCAAUUUAUAUAUCACAAAAAGGAUACAAAGUGGCAAAUGUGCCUAUUGUAAUGGGUGUAGAAUUGCCAAAAAGUCUCUUUGAGGUAGAUCCAGAGAAGGUUUUUGGUUUGACGAUAAAUCCUCUAGUCUUGCAAACAAUCAGAAAAGCAAGAGCCAAGAGUCUGGGCUUCAGCGAAGAAACAAGGAGUAACUAUUCGGAGAUGGACUAUGUUAGAGAUGAUCUGGAACAUGCCGGUAGGAUUUUCGCACAAAAUCCAGUCUGGCCAGUAAUCGAAGUGACAGGAAAAGCAAUAGAAGAAACUGCCGCGGUUGUAUUGAGGCUUUACAAUGACAGGAAGCAGAGGUGCUCAAUGCCAAGAAUCUCAAAACGCUACUAGAGAUGUCAAGUUGUUAUCGAGGAGGUAGGGAUAUGUGAUGCUGAUGCUGAAUGGUAGAGAGUUCCUUCUUAUAUUGAACCCUCAUGGCACAAGUUGCAAUAUCCACAACAAUAAGUUGAAAUGAACUAAUCAAUUUUGAAACAUAUGCUUGUCACUAGAUAUCUUAAUGUAUAUAAUCAUGAAAAAGAAUGGUUGCUGGCUGUAUCAUCCCAAAUGAUUGGUUGUUCAAAGCUUCCCUCAAAUAGUUUUGUCACUAACUAUUGUAGUCAGGGUUUAGGCACACCUUUGGUGGAUUUGGGGUAAUCGAUAUUCAUGUUGUUGCCAUGACUGCUAAACUUGUCAUAUUAACAAGUAAAUCUUGUUACU